AUGUCUCUACAAAAUGAAGAGAUAGCUUCUGUUUUUAGUUUUAAUGACAUAGAAGAUGAUGGAGAAAGUGGACAAGGAAGAAGGGAAGACAAGGCAAUCGUAUGUCCUGUGUGUGCAAAGAAUUUCAGCAGCAAUAGAAAAUUAGCAUAUCAUUUAAAGUCUUGUUCCAGAAUAAAUUCUUCCCAAGCAGAAUCUAUAGAUGGAGAGAAGAAUGUAAAAAAAUCUAGUGUUUUGAAAAAAUCUAGAGAAUUUUCUUUAAUGCUUAGAGCAGCUUGUGAGCUUAAACAGGAAGUAGAAACAGCAAAAGUGGUGAAAGAAAAUGGGAAAAGGGCUCAAAAGGUUAAGUCUCGAACUUGUGAAGUAUGUGGAAAAGUGUUUGCACGUUCUGCAAAUGUUAUAUUGCAUAUGAGACUGCACAGGGGAGAAAAGCUUUUUAGAUGUUCCACCUGUGGAAAGACUUUCUGUCGCUCAGACCACCUGAAGAAUCAUGAGUUGGUCCAUGGCAGAGCAAAACCCUUCCACUGUGACCUGUGCAGUCAGUCAUUCAAACGGCAGGAUCAUCUGAAAUACCAUCAGAUCAACAGCCAUGGUGCUAAAAUAUAUCUCAGUGAGCUGAAGAGCUACACAAGGACUGUUCAGAGUACAACACAGAGCAGGUUGAUCUUAUGCGAUAUUUGUGGAGUUUCCUUUGGAAGUGAACGGAAUCUGAAGAAUCACCUGAGAAUACAUUCCAAUGAAAGGAAGUUUCCCUGCCAGUUCUGCAGAAAAACUUUUAAUCAGAGCUCAAAUUUGAAUAUUCAUUUACGUAAACAUACAGGGGAGACCCCGUAUAAAUGUUUUACAUGUGACCAGUCAUUCACAACUUCAUCAAAGCUGAAAACUCAUGCACGUAAGCAUACAGGAGAUCUGCCUUUUACAUGUGAAGUUUGUGGUAGAUUGUUUGGGGAGAGCCAUUUGUUGAAGAUGCAUAUGAGAGUUCACAGUGACCAGAAGCCGUACAAAUGUAGCCACUGUAGCAAAACAUUCACCCAUGGUAGCACUUUACGAGCUCAUCUACGUAUACACACCGGAGCCAAGCCGUACAAAUGCGACCAAUGUGGAGAUGCCUUCGCCCAGGUCUCCAGCCUCACUUACCACAAGAGGAGUCACUCUGGGGAGAAACCUUACUCCUGCCACGUCUGUGGCAACUCAUACACCCGGAUGGCAACUCUCAACGUUCAUCUCUCCCAACAUACGGGCCAGAAACGUAUCUCGUGUUCUCAGUGUGACUUUAGAUGUGAUACCCCAAAGCAUUUACACAGACAUACAGCAAAAACUCAUAGUCAGAUGAAAAAUUCUCUUUUUCCACCGAAACAAAACAAUAAACAGGCAUCCAGACCACUGUGUACUGAAAAUGCUGCAGUGUUGGCUACAAAUUUUGAACCUUUAGAACUUGAACAUCCUAAGGAUCACAGUAGCACAGAAAACCAAGCUCAACCGCAGACAUCUUGGAAUAAUGAUCAUUUUCAACAAAAGCCUGAAGACCAGGCUCCCCCAACUUCCAGCACAGCCAGACUAACCACAUUAGACCCUGUUAUUUCUAAGACAGUUCCAACCUUGGACAUGUCAGACAAAACUGAAACAGUUUAUGCCAGUACCGCACUAACCACAUACAACACUACGGCCACACCGUACAUAUAUGGGCUCGUUGUUGGCUUUCCUGAAAUCUCCAAGAUCUCUGCAACUAAUAUGUUGGUAUCAUCUUCUUUAGACUCCUCACAGCAAUAUAACUUAUCAUCCCCUCAUUCGUAUGUGACAUUGCUCCAUAACUCUACAUCUCUAGUAGGAUCCCAGCACUCUAGGCUCCCAUCUGUUAGACAUAGCAUGCCGCCUGGCAGCACAUCUCAGCAACUGCCAUCAGAAUGUAUUAUACUGUAUGCACAGAAUGCAUCUUUCUCCAAAGUGCAGACAACUGACAGUACCUUAUCUUCCAGUGAGCAGACAAUGGAGCAUAGCUUAACUAUCUCUGAAGAGCAGACAGUAGAUCGUGUCUUCACUUUCUCCAAAGGGCAGACAAUGGACCAUAAAUCUGUUUCCUCUAAAGGGCAGACAAUAGAGCAUAACUCCCUUAGAGAACAGUCAGUUGAGCUUAUCUCCCCUGUCUCUAAAAAACCGACAGUGCAUCAUAGCUCAGCUUGCACAGCUGCUGAAACUUUUUCUAGGCCCUCACAGAUCCAUAAUCCAGACAGCGUGGGACUUUGUCCGGUCCUGAAUCCAGACAGUGUGGGACAUUGUCAGGUCCUGAAUCCAGACAGUGUGGGACAUUGUCAGGUCCUGAAUCCAGACAGUGUGGGACAUUGUCAGGUCCUGAAUCCAGACAGUGUGGGACAUUGUCAGAUCCAUAAUCUAGACAGUGUGGGACAUUGUCAGGUCCUGAAUCCAGACAGUGUGGGACAUUGUCAGGUCCUGAAUCCGGACAGUGUGGGACAUUGUCAGGUCCUGAAUCCAGACAGUGUGGGACAUUCACAAAUCCAGCAUCCGGAUCCUGUGGGACAUUCUCAGGUCCUGUAUCCAGAGACUGUGGGACAUUCACAAACCCGACAUCCCAGCACUUUUGGAAAUUCUCAGGUCCAGAAUUCAGAUUCAGUAUUAUCUUUUCAUCAGAAUGUGCAGAUCCAGAAUCUAGAAACUACAGAAUCUGUUGCUGGACUCUCAAAGAUCCAGCAUCUAGAAACUACUAGCUCUUGUACUAGAGCCUUACAGGUCCAGAAUCCAGACACUGUGGGAUGUUAUAUUCAGCCUUUGCAGAUUCAGUUUUCAGAAGCUACAAGAUCUUGUGGCCAACCCUUGCAGAGCCAGUAUUCAGAGGUUGUAGAAUCAUGUACAGGACUCUUACAGAUCAGGAAUCUGGAAGUUCUAACUUCAGACAGCAACCUAGCUUUACAGCCUUCUCAGCCAUGUUUUUCUGAGAGCGUAGAGAUUAUGAAUUCAUUCCAACAAAUUGUGGAUUCAUCCCAGCACAAUAUGGUUUUAUCCCAUCAAAUAGUAGAAUCAUCCCAGCACAAUAUGGUUUCAUCCCAAAACAUUGUGGAUUCACCCCAGCACAAUGUAAAGGCACAUCAACAUACUCAGGAAGAUGUUCUCCAAGAAUCAUUAACUACCCCCAGUAUGAUUGACUCACAUUCAUCUGUUGGCGCUUGUGUACAGUCACAACAGCUGCACUGCACAGGCAUUAGAAGAGAACGAAAGAUGCCUGUGAAGAAAGAUGCCAAAGAGAAACCAACAAAUGUAUCUGAUGCCUGCACAGACUGGGACAGCAGUGAUCUUUUGGAAGUGAAAAAGGAGAGUGUUGCCAGGAAGCACUGCUCUCGUGACAAAAAAUAUCACAUUGAUCAAGGGGAAAAUGCCAGUUUGGGAAAAAAGAGAAAGUCAAACAUUGGAAGCAAGUUCAAAAGAAAUAUGGACAUUAAAACAAAUUUAAAGAAAACAAUCAAAAUUAAGCAAGACAUUAGUUCUGACACCACAGUAGCAGAUUCAGAAAAACUAUUACAUUCCCAGAAAUCAGAUUGUAUGGAAGAUUGUAAAAAGGUUAAAAAGAUAAAAUUAAAUGUUUCCUCAAAUUACAAAUCUGCCCGUAAACUGAACAAAGGUAGACAAUUCCAAAAGGAACCAUCCAGAAGAAAAAAAGGUCCUGUUGCUUGCAAUGUUUGUGGCCAGACUUUUUCCCGAACUGGUAAUCUGACAACUCACAUGCGGCUGCACAAUGGGGAGAGGCCCUACUCCUGCAGAAUCUGUGAUAAAGGAUUCACAAGAUCAGACCAUCUGAAAACCCACCUGUUGCUACACAAGGGGGAUAAUUCAUUGGUCUGCAAUCAUUGCGGGGACGUGUUUAGUAAUACCGGACAGCUUAAUCUGCAUACAGUUGAUAAGCAUGAUGGGAAAAAUCCGUUUGCUUGCAGCCUCUGUAGCUUCUCUUGUAUUAACCUUAGAGAGUUGAAAGAUCAUGUCAAAGGUCAUGAGCAAAAAGAUGCCUUUCGCUGUGAUGUUUGUGAGGUCACCUUCUGCAAAGUUAAAGACUUGAAAAAGCAUAUGAGUUCACACAAUGGACACAGCCCGUUUGUAUGUCAUACGUGUAAAAAGUCAUUCAAGGAGAGUUCUUGUCUUAAGCUUCAUAUGAGGACAAAACAUACAGGAGAGAAACAUUUCAGAUGUGGUGUUUGUGGAGAUUCAUACGUUACUGCAGCAAAGCUCCAAAGACAUAUCCGGAGCCACAGUGGCUCACGCCCAUUUGCUUGUGAAUUUUGUGGGAAGAUGUUUAUAGAUACGUGUUUGUUGAAGAUGCAUUUGCGCAUCCACACAAAUGAGAAACCAUUCAGAUGUAAACACUGCGGGCAGAAUUUUACGCAUCGCAGCACUCUGAGAGCCCAUGUACGUAUACAUAUAGGUAGCAAGCCAUAUACCUGUGAUGUUUGUGGGGCAUCAUUUGUGCAGGUUUCAAGCCUAAUGUAUCACAAACGAAGACAUGAUGGUGUUAAACCGUACACCUGUGACAUUUGUGGCAACUCAUACACACGCUCCACCACAUUAAGUAUACAUAUGACCCGACAUACGGGCCAGAAGCGUAUAUCCUGCCCUCAGUGUGUGUUCAAGUGUGACACUCAGAUGCAUUUAAGAAAACAUUUAGACAAAGUCCAUAGUUUUGCAAGACCAGCUUGGGCUACAGAGUCCGCGAAACAGGAGGCGGAAGAAGAAGACGUAAGCAGUGGGGAGCCGCAUACGGAAGAACCUAAAGAGGCUGUAACAGCCAACUCUCAAGAGAAGCAACAAAAUCAGCAGCUACUGCAGCAGCAUCAACCGCUACAAGAGCUGCAGAUCCAACAACAUCAGGCACCACAGGUCAUAUUUCUGCCUCAGCCCGGUCAGCAGUUCCAGCCCAGCUUUUUGGUGACCAAGCAUCUUCACCAGAUCAAGAAUCCUGACCUUCACCUCCACCAGAUCAAGAAUCCUGACCUUCACCUCCACCAGAUCAAGAGUCCUGACCUUCACCUCCACCAGAUCAAGAAUCCUGACCUUCACCUCCACCAGAUCAAGAAUCCUGACCUUCACCUCCACCAGAUCAAGAAUCCUGACCUUCAUCUCCACCAGAUCAAGAAUCCAGAGCUUCACCUCCACCAGUUACAGAAUCCAGAGCUUCAGCAGGUCUGGCUCCCCCAGCAUCAGACCAAGACACUCCCAGGAGUACAGUUCAUGCCUUAUCAGUCAGUUCAACAACAACAUGUUUAUAACAGCACUUGUGAAGUUGUACGGCCCACGGUCGCUGCAGUUUCCUCCGAGUUCAUACAGAAGAACAUCAGCAGCACUCUCACCUCUACAAGCUUGAACCAUUUGUUUUAG